UUUGCAUUGAAGUGAAAUGCCAGGGUUUUUUUUUUCACACAGUAACAUGACUGAAUUAAAUGGAAAAGACGACUGCAAGCUGGCAGAAGGCAAGAUUCAUAAAAAGAAGCAAAAGGCAUUCGGUGCAGAUCUCAAAAAUUAUUUGAAGUGCAUGGUACCACAUAUUGAGCCUGGGAUCAAGACUUCUAGCUCCAGAAAUGUCAUGCUUUCUGCAGAGGAAGUAAUACAGUGGUCCCAGUCAUUGGAAAAGCUCCUGGCUAGCCAAAGUGGUCAAGGGGUCUUUCGGGAGUUCCUGAAGUCAGAAUUCAGUGAGGAAAACAUAGAGUUCUGGUUGGCUUGUGAGGAUUACAAGAAAACCAAGUCUGAUCAUCUGCAUGGCAAAGCAGAGAGGAUCUGUGAGGAGUUUGUUCAGACAGAUGCUAUCAAGCAGAUCAAUAUUGACUAUCAGAUGAGGGAAGCAACAGCCAGAAGGGCUCAAGAGCCAACUCACACAAGUUUUGAUGAAGCCCAGAAAACUGUGUACAUCCUCAUGGAAAGAGAUUCAUAUCCCAGAUUUCUGAAAUCCAAAGCCUACCUGAAUCUUUUGAACCAGCUGCAAACCAACACCUCAAAAUGAAGUGCCUGAGGCAGUUGAAGAGUCAAGUAGACUCUGUGGAGUGUCCUGCAGAGAGAUCCUUCAGCAUGGCUGGAUCUCAUCAAGGAAAACCCCUGCCUUGAGAAGAGGGGUACAAAGGGAAGUGCAAAGAGCUCCACAGCCAGGAGAAUGCAGAAUAAAAAACUGGCAAGAGCAUUCCAAAUGUGAGAGCAGAACAGGGAGAAGAUUGGCCCCACGCACUGUGGAGUCAAGCUGGCAUAUGGAUACUAAUUGUUCUUUGAACUACACUGCAAAUAAUUGGCCAAGUUUUAGAUCCCAAAGAACUGCUGGUUAUUAGGAAAUGCAAGACUAGCAAGUUGAGGAAAAGAUGGUCAACUUCAGAACAAAACUAAGGGAUGACUGACAAUUUUGUGCAUGACAACACAAUGCCCAAGACUGAUAUUGUUUGGGGGUUUUCUAUCUGUGAAGUGUCAGUAAGUGCAAGUGUAGCUUCAUGCUGCAAGUGUGCAACGUAAAUAUAUUCUAAGUUAAUGUCUUGGAACUACUGCUUUUUAAGUUAUGUAAAAAUUACAUAAGCUGUACUUUUAACUAAGUUAAUAUUGAUAGGCAUAUAUGUAGCACCUUCUGUUUAAUUUAUUGCAGAUUAACAAGC